AACCUGGGACGUGUCGCCUAUUGCGUAAAAAGCGCGCCACUCCUCUUCUCUUAGCUUUCGAUAGGCCAAGCGUUACCCUCAUAUUCAUCUUGCAUAUUCUCUUUCCUCCCUCCCUCACACAUCCACAGUUUCUUUAUAAAAUCCUGUUAGGCAAUCCAAUCCAAUCCCUGACCACACCCUUCACCUCUCGCCACGCUUUAGAUUCCAUUUCCCAUUUCAUUUUGUCCAUUUCUUCUAUCAUUCACGCCUAAUCUCUGCUUUUUUUCCAGAUCCGUGCUCUAAUUCAACUCAUCAAUGGCCGUCGCCACCGAUAAGCUCACUCCCCUCAAAUCUGCUGUUGCUGGACUCAAUCAAAUCAGUGAGAAUGAGAAAAAUGGAUUUAUUAGCCUCGUCGCUCGAUACCUCAGUGGGGAAGCGCAACAGGUGGAAUGGAGCAAGAUUCAAACACCGACCGAUGAAGUAGUGGUUCCUUAUGACAGCUUGGCGCCUAUUCCUGAUGAUCCUGCUGAAACAAAGAAGCUUUUGGACAAACUCGUUGUUCUAAAGCUUAAUGGAGGAUUGGGAACGACAAUGGGCUGCACUGGACCCAAGUCUGUCAUUGAAGUUCGUAAUGGAUUGACAUUCCUUGACCUUAUUGUCAUCCAGAUUGAGAAUCUAAAUUCUAAAUAUGGGUGCAACGUUCCCUUGCUUCUAAUGAACUCCUUCAACACUCAUGAUGAUACACAAAAGAUUAUAGAGAAGUACUCAAAAUCAAAUGUUGAGAUUCAUACUUUUAAUCAGAGCCAGUAUCCUCGUCUGGUUGUUGAGGAUUUUACCCCAUUGCCAAGCAAAGGGCAGACUGGCAAGGAUGGAUGGUAUCCUCCUGGACAUGGUGAUGUGUUCCCAUCCUUGAAGAACAGUGGCAAGCUUGAUUCUUUGUUAUUACAGGGCAAGGAGUACGUAUUUAUUGCCAACUCAGAUAACCUUGGUGCUAUAGUUGAUUUGAAAAUCUUAAGUCAUCUAAUCAGAAACAAGAAUGAAUACUGCAUGGAGGUGACACCCAAAACCCUGGCUGAUGUAAAGGGCGGUACUCUCAUCUCCUAUGAAGGGAAGGUUCAGCUGUUGGAGAUUGCGCAAGUCCCUGAUGAGCAUGUCAGUGAAUUCAAAUCAAUAGAGAAGUUCAAAAUUUUCAAUACAAACAACUUGUGGGUGAGCUUGUCAGCAAUUAAAAGGCUGGUGGAAGCUGAUGCUCUAAAGAUGGAGAUAAUUCCUAACCCAAAGGAAGUAGAUGGAGUCAAAGUUCUUCAACUAGAAACUGCAGCUGGUGCCGCUAUUAGGUUCUUUGACCAUGCAAUUGGCAUAAAUGUUCCUCGAUCCCGAUUCCUUCCAGUGAAGGCAACUUCAGAUUUGCUUCUUGUCCAGUCUGAUCUUUACAUCUUGGAGGAUGGCUAUGUUAUCCGAAAUAAAGCCAGGCAAAAUCCUGCAAAUCCUUCUAUUGAAUUGGGCCCAGAAUUUAAGAAGGUUUCAAACUUCUUGAGUCGAUUUAAGUCGAUCCCUAGUAUCAUUGAGCUUGAUAGCCUUAAGGUGACUGGUGAUGUGUGGUUUGGUGCUGGUAUUACUCUCAAGGGGAAAGUCAACAUUGCUGCAAAACCUGGUGUAAAAUUGGAAAUACCUGAUGGAGCCAUAAUUGUGAACAAGGAUAUUAAUGGUCCUGAAGACCUCUAAGAAAGUAGCGGUUGCUAAAAGUGUGGGGGAGACGUGGUGGCUCUUUGAGGAGUCCUUUCUGCAUCUCGGAAUGCCCUUACAUUUUUAUGGGAGAAUAAGAGAGUUGCAUUUGUUUGCUGAGUCUGAAUUUGGAAUGUCUGCCUAGAUACGGUGAACCUGUUUUUUUGUUCAUACAAACUUUAUAAUAUAGGGUGUAAAACUAGGUUGGAGUGUGAUAGCUCCUACAGACUUAUAAAUUUGGAAACUUGAGCCCCAAUCUCUGGCAAUACUAUCAUCUAGUUUUCUCAAAA